AUGGGACUCCUUCGCCACUACGUGGACGUCUUGCUAGCCGCCACUUUCUUAACACCCCGAUCCAGCAGCACCAGCAGCAGCAGCGCGUCAACCCCCAAGAAGAACAAGACGAAGCUCCAGACACUGCACACGCGGCCCGCAUGCGCUCCCGUGGUCGCCAAGCACGUCCCGAUGCCAGUCAUCCAGUCCCCUCCGCAGCGCUUGAAUGACUUGAAAAUCAUCAAGACACUAGCGCCCGCCCUGUUCGGACAAGUGCUGCUGUGUCUGGACUCUACCAGCGGUCGCCAACUCGCCGUGAAGCGCGUGGAUCUCGGCUGUGCGCGAGCGCAAGUGACAGUCAACACGCGGGUACAAGUGGUCGAGAGUCUCGACCAAGAGCGCAGCGUGCACCGCAAACUGGCAAGUGCUCGGACGACCAACUUGCUCGUCCUCGAAGAAGAGGUGCAGUGCGGCGGCAACUUGUACCUUGUCUUCCCCUUCUACUCAGGCGGUGACCUGUUUAACGUCGUGCGGCAUAGUCCAGUGGACGGUCGACUCCCGGAAGCAACGGCGCGUCGAUUCAUCCGCGACAUCGUGCGUGGUCUGCUCUGUCUGAAGCGCAAUGGCUUGGCUCACCGCGACAUCUCGCUCGAGAAUGUCCUGCUGGAUGCCAAAGGCGCGUGUCACGUAUGCGACUUUGGUCUAGCGACGCAACACAGCGCUCUCAUCGCUCCGAAACGCGUGGGCAAAGCGUGGUACAUGGCGCCCGAAGUGUUUGCAGCGACAGCGCCGUACAAUGCGCUGCCCGCUGACAUCUGGUCGCUUGGAGUCCUGCUUGCAAUCAUGCUCACCGGAGCGCCGCUCGUCGACCAUCCGACCUUAAAAGACCGUCACUUUCGUGUCUUGAGCCAGGGCGGCGGUGUCCGCAGACUCCACCGCGCGUUUCCUCGCAAGCUCUCGGACGUGACAUGGAACUUGCUCGAAAAGAUGCUGACGAUUGACCCGGAACAGCGUCCGACACUUGAACAGGUGGCGACGCACCCGUUCCUGAUGCACAGAUGA